AUGACCACCAGCAUAACGCCUACUGACGCUCAGUCGAGCUCGACUGCUCUGGUCGAAUCACAACCUACAAAGAAAUCUUCUUUUAUUUUCCUAACACCGCAGGUGGCAUCCUAUUUUGUCGGUGAGUUGCUCUGCGUAUCUGGCGGGGAAACGGAUCGGAAUGAUGACCGCCUUUCGUCUUUCAUAGCUGGAGGAUGUGCAGGAGCUGCCUCGCGGACGGUCGUUAGCCCGCUGGAACGGCUGAAGAUCAUACAACAAGUACAGCUUACGGGAUCCGAUUCACAAUACAAGGGCGUUUGGAGGAGCCUUGUUAGAAUGUGGAGGGAGGAGGGCUUUAAGGGAUUCAUGAGAGGUAAUGGGAUCAAUUGUUUACGCAUCGUGCCUUACAGCGCCGUGCAAUUUACGACCUAUGAGCAGCUCAAGAAGUGGUUUACCCAUCAUGGAUCCAAAGAACUUGAUACGCCCAAAAGAUUAGCGAGUGGUGCUCUCGCUGGAAUAACCUCUGUCUGUUCAACAUACCCCUUAGACCUCGUGCGCUCGCGAUUGUCAAUAGCCACGGCAUCGGUGAACCUCAGUGCAGCGCCCAGCAAACCCAAGGCCACCGUGUCGAGCACGAUCCCUCUGAAAACGGCUCUAUCAUCCGCAUACCACACGGCGUCGUCUACAGUGGCCAAGACCUCCCCGUAUACCAAGGCAGAACUUACAAUAUGGGGCAUGACCCUUAAGAUUAUGAAGGAGGAAGGGGGCGUGCGGGGGCUGUAUCGCGGGUUGGUAACGACGGCGGUUGGGGUUGCUCCUUACGUCGGGAUCAACUUUGCUGCAUAUGAAUUCUUGAGGGGGAUUGUUACACCCCCUGGGAAGAGCAGCAUUGCGCGGAAACUGAGCUGUGGGGCCUUGGCAGGAUCAAUAUCGCAGACUCUGACCUAUCCAUUCGAUGUAUUGCGUCGAAAGAUGCAGGUCAGUGGUAUGCAGGGCGGGUCGAUCAAGUAUAAUGGUGCACUUGAUGCGUUAUGGAGUAUACUUAGCAAGGAAGGCGUUUCGGGGUUAUACAGAGGCCUGUGGCCGAAUUUACGCAAGUUCAAGGUGGCGCCUAGUAUAGCCACAUCAUUCUUCACAUAUGAAUUAGUGAGUGAGAUCCUUGAAACUCACAACGACGAUCUCACCUUGAUAAACUCACCAUAUAGAAUAAUAUCCUAA